AUGAAUCGAUUAUUUGGCACGAAGAAUGCAGCACCCAAGCCGACGCUGGAGGGCGCCAUUUCUAAUGUCGAUAACCGCAUCGCCAGUAUAGAUGUCAAACUCGCCUCCCUGAACACGGAGCUUUCCUCAUAUCAGUCCAAAAUCUCCAAAAUGCGCGAUGGCCCAGGCAAAAACGCGCUCAAACAGAAGGCACUGAAGGUUCUCCAACGCCGAAAGCAGUACGAAGCGCAGCGGGAGCAGCUCUCCCAGCAGUCCUGGAAUAUGGAACAAGCAGGGAUGAUGCAGGACAAUCUGAAGAACGUCAUGACGACAGUCGACGCGAUGAAGACAACUACAAAGACUCUGAAGAAACAGUAUGGGAAUAUCGACAUUGACAAGAUCGAGCGGAUGCAGGAUGAGAUGGCAGACCUGAUGGAGAUUGGAAAUGAGAUUAACGAGAGUAUCUCCCGAGCGUAUGACGUACCUGAGGAUGUGGAUGAGGCAGAGCUUGACGCGGAGCUGGAGGCUUUGGGCGAAGAUAGCCUGUUCGAGAGCUCGAUGGGUGAAAGCGCCGUCCCUAGCUUCAUGCAGGAUGAGGUGGCACCGCCACAAUUCAUCGAUGAACCUCCAGAGCAAACAAAGGUCAAGGAACCUGCUACCGGGUUGGGCUGA